CUGGUGUACAUGAAACAUGGAAUUUGGAUAAAAAAUGACGACUGGAUCAUAUUACUAAAAAAUAAGAAGGGUAGUACGUUUUCAAAAGCAAUUCUUCGAUAUUUUUACAGCCCUCAAGACCUUAUUAAAAGGUGUGUAAAGCCUGGUGAGAAUGUAAAAACACCUAAUGGAAAAAAUCCAAGAGUAUGCAUUUCUCCAAAGAAAAUGGACAUAAUGGAAAUGUGUCUGGAAUACUACGUAAAAAAGGAGAAACCUGGUAUAGGUAAGGAGUCUCUUAAACAGAAUGUUACGCGACUGACUCAUUACAUUUCGGAAGAGAUAAACAGCGUGAGAAAAGAAUUUCGCAAUAAACUGCAAUAA